AUGUUGCGGUCACCACAUCGGAGGAAGAUCUUUAGCAAGAAAUAUCAUCCAAGCAGGAUAUUACUGGCCUACGAUGAUGUUAGACACCCAGGAGUUUGUGAAAAAAUGCAAAAGUGCCAAGAAAAUACCAACUUCCACAAAGCACCUCCCGAGGAGCUCAGCCUAAUGAUGGCUCCCCGAAUUUUUGCCCAAUGGGGAGUUGAUCUCUUGGGGCCACUCCCACCAGAGCCUGGGCAAGUGAAGUACCUGAUAGUGGCCAUUGACUAUUACACCAAAUGGGUGGAGGCAGAACCACUAGCUAGCAUAUCCGCGGCAAAUUGCCAAAAGUUUAUGUGGAAGCAGGUGGUCACUAGGUUCGGGAUCCCGGAGACCGUCAUAUCGGACAACGGGACAAAAUUCACUGACAAGAAGUUUAAAGGAUUCCUAGAAGGACUAAAGAUCAAACAGAGGUUCUCCUCGGUCGAGCACCCUCAAACCAACGGCCAGGUGGAAGCAGCUAACAAAGUCAUCCUAAAAGGGUUAAAGAAUCGGCUCGAAGGAAAGAAGGGCUCAUGGGCAGACGAGCUAGCCUCAGUCUUGUGGUCAUACAAGACCACCCCCAGUCAUCCACCGGCGAAACCCCCUUCCGACUCACAUACGGGAUCGACGCAGUCAUCCCAGUUGAAGUCGGGGAACCAAGCCCAAUGA